UACCUUUAAUAUUUACUCUAAAUCUUAGAUCUACCAGUUCGAUAUAAAAUUUUUAAUAGAAAUACAGAUACUUGAUCUCGAUUUGAGAUGGCACAAACAUUAUUUGUUGCAGCACUUUUCAUUGCGCUUAUCUUUUCAUAUUGCCGCGCCUCGCCAACUGAAAUGAGACAAUAUGGCCGUAUUAGGAAAAUAUGCCUUGAGGAAAAGCAAUGUCUGCCAGAUGAUGAAAUGAGAGAAAAAAUAGAAAAUUUAGCAGACAAACGUUGUAUGGAUUAUAUCAAUGAGUGCAAAGAAAAAAAAAGUGCGUGGUCAAGCGAAAACCUGUGGAAUUCUUGUCAAAAACCGGUUGCAGAAAUAAUCGAACCAUGUAUGAAAUGCAUUUUGGAAAAAAUAAAAGCUUUGAGCGGAAGAAAACAAUGAACAAUAUCUAUUAAACGUGAAAAUGUUUUGGUUGUGCGUAACCUACAUACAAAAUUAUCCAAUUCCCCAUUUUUUUUAAAUUUUGUUUCGUAAUUGCACCAAGAGCACAUUUGAUACUGCCUGUAAUUUCAAUAUGUGGUCUUCGACCUUGUUACGUAUUGCGAUUUCUUCGUUAUUUCGUUACCCUUUCAACUUCUACUUUUCAAUAAAAAGGUUAUGUUAUACUAUGUAUAUAGGAUGGCAAAAUAAACACCGAUGUGAUACAUGU